AUGCGCGCGCCGACGUUCGUGAUUCAGUGUCCAAUACGCAAGUCCGCAUUUCAUUGCAGCCGAGAGAAGUUUUCCACACUAAAGGGCAGUUCAAGAUCACUAACAUUGCCGGUCUUACCGUUUGAAUAUAGUAUAUUUAAAAAAUAUUUUCGUAAUAAUAGUGUAGAUAUGGUGUGGUCAACAAUUUAUGAUGGAAAAACUGAGGCUGGUUCUCAGGAUAAGCCCUCCAUGCAGUUGGCUGCAGCAGAUGCGGGCUCACAUCUCCAGCACAUGUGCUCCUUGGAUAUUGACUCUAAAGCUUCCUAUGUCCGUCUUUCUGGAAUCAUCUGCACCAUUGGUCCUGUUUCCCGAGAAGUGUCCAUGCUCGAGAAAAUGAUGGAGACGGGCAUGAACGUGGCGCGCAUGAACUUCUCGCACGGCUCGCACGAGUACCACGCGGAGACCAUCCGCAACUGCCGCGAGGCUGAGAAGAACUACAGCGCUCGUCUCGGCGUGCCAUUCUCCCUCGCCAUCGCCUUGGACACCAAGGGACCUGAGAUCAGAACUGGCCUCUUGCAGGGUGGCGGUUCUGCAGAAGUGGAACUGAAGAAGGGUGCCACCAUCAGGCUGAGCACAGACCCCGCGUACCAGGAGAGCGGCAACGCCGAGGUGGUGUUCGUGGACUACAAGAACAUAACCAACGUGGUGAAACCGGGAAACCGCAUCUUCAUAGACGAUGGUCUCAUCUCGGUCAUAUGCCAGUCUGUCACCGCUGAUGCCCUCGUUUGUAAUAUUGAGAAUGGAGGCAUGUUGGGAUCAAGAAAGGGUGUGAAUUUGCCUGGCUUACCAGUUGAUCUGCCUGCUGUCUCCGAGAAGGAUAAGUCUGAUUUACUCUUCGGUUUAGAACAAAACGUGGACAUGAUCUUCGCGUCCUUCAUCCGCAACGGCGCGGCGCUCCAAGAGAUCCGCGCCAUCCUCGGCGAGAAGGGAAAGAACAUCAAGAUUAUCUCCAAGAUUGAGAACCACCAGGGCAUGGUCAACCUGGACGAGAUCAUUGCGGCAUCUGACGGCAUCAUGGUGGCGCGUGGUGACUUGGGUAUUGAAAUCCCACCAGAGAAGGUGUUCCUCGCACAAAAAACCAUGAUCGCGCGCUGUAAUAAGGUCGGCAAACCAGUAAUCUGCGCCACCCAAAUGCUGGAGUCCAUGGUGAAGAAGCCGCGGCCCACGCGUGCGGAGACCUCCGACGUUGCCAACGCCAUACUGGACGGCGCCGACUGCGUGAUGCUCUCCGGCGAGACCGCCAAAGGGGACUACCCGCUAGAGUGCGUCCUCACCAUGGCCAACAUUUGCAAGGAGGCUGAGGCUGCCAUCUGGCACAAGCAGCUCUUUAUCGACCUCAGCGCACAGGUAAAAACACUAGAACCAGCCCAAUCAGUAGCCAUAGCGGCGGUGGAGGCGUCCUCCAAGUGCAUGGCGUCCGCCAUCGUGGUGAUCACCACUAGCGGCCGCUCCGCCCACCUGCUCAGCCAGUUCCGCCCGCGUUGCCCCAUCAUCGCCGUCACCAGGAUGCCCCAGACGGCUCGCCAGGCGCAUCUGUACAGGGGACUCCUGCCUAUUGUUUAUUCAGAAAGCCCCGCCAGCGACUGGCUGAAGGAUGUCGACAACCGGGUCCAAUACGGCCUGAAGUUCGGUCGCGGUCGCGGCUUCCUCAAGACCGGCGACAACGUGGUCGUCGUCACCGGCUGGAGGCAGGGCUCCGGCUUCACCAACACUAUUCGCAUUAUCCAAAUCGAA